AUGGGAGAGGGUGGGAGGCGUGGCGGUGGAGAGUGCAAGUUGUUUACCUUCUUUGAUCCGAGUCAAGUUGCGGGGGAUGUGGAGCAGGAGGCGAGCCUGCUGCACGUGUGGCAGCUGAGUUGGCUCAAGGCGGGGUGGGUCCCCGUGGUGCUGCGAGGGGAGGAGAGCAUAAAAGAACACGGAGAAUAUAACGAGAUGUUGACACGAGCAGUAGAGGGGGCGGGGGGAUUGGCAAUGAAGCCCAUCGUGACUCGCUGGCUAGCCGUGGCAGCAGCAGGCGGGGGACUGUUUGCUCACUACGAUGUCAUCAACUUCGGGGUACCUCCCCCUGCCAACUGCCUUAUUGGACCGCUGUCCACUUAUGGGGAUCUGUUCCCCUUCAUGCUCUCCGGCCAGCCAGACGACUUUGCGCGCCUAGCCCAGGCGCGCCUACCACUGCCAAUGCAGGCAGCCCAUCCCGCCCCCAGUAUCACGGGGGUGGUGUCGCCUCGCUUCCGUUUCCCCGCUGUCAGGGGCAUUGUGCGCUGCUCCCCUGCUGCUCUGCCGCUCUUCCUUCAGCCUCCCAUCCUCCAGGUGAGAUACGAAGAACCACAACCCCCUGCUGCUGCCCUGCCCUUACAAGCAGCGCACUCUGCUGCCCUGCCCUUACAAGCAGCGCACUCUGCUGCCCUGCCCUUACAAGCAGCGCACUCUGCUGCCCUGCCCUUACAAGCAGCGCACUCUGCUGCCCUGCCCUUACAAGCAGCGCACUCUGCUGCCCUGCCCUUACAAGCAGCGCACUCUGCUGCCCUGCCCUUACAAGCAGCGCACUCUGCUGCCCUGCCCUUACAAGCAGCGCACUCUGCUGCCCUGCCCUUACAAGCAGCGCACUCUGCUGCCCUGCCCUUACAAGCAGCGCACUCUGCUGCCCUGCCCUUACAAGCAGCGCACUCUGCUGCCCUGCCCUUACAAGCAGCGCACUCUGCUGCCCUGCCCUUACAAGCAGCGCACUCUGCUGCCCUGCCCUUACAAGCAGCGCACUCUGCUGCCACGAGCAUUUACUUCUUGUCUCAUUCUCUUGGCCACCUGCACAUCGCGGCACCUCCCUCCGCUCCUCCCUCUCCUCCUGCCCCAACUACACUCUCCCCUCCUUCCCCCUCCUCCUCCCCCCCCUCCCCUUCCAACCUCACCUUCCUCCUCCUCCCCCACCACAUCUCCCUCGCUCUCGCAACCGACUAUCUCUCUUACUCUGCCAACCCCCAAAACGCCCCUGCCUGGUUCAAGAACCUCUAUCCCGGCAUGCCCGUGCCAGCAGGCGUUUCAAACUUGGAAUUUCUCCACGCCCUCACACACCACCUGCAGUCUCUUCCUGUGAAUCAAGAGGAUCUUACCACAGAUAACCGGCUUUCCCGGGCUGUAUCCCGGCUCCUAAACGUCCCCCUUACAGCAGCUCCGUUAGCAGUAGCAACACAGAAGCAGACUGUUGCUGUCGCACGAUACGACAUGGCAGGGGAUGUGGUAACCGUGUUACAAGCAGCGCUGGGGUUCAGGAUAGGCCGGGGUGAGGGAGAGGCGCUGGAGAAUGCGGUGCGGGCGGGGUGGGAGGCAACGAGGCCGUUUGCCUCGCAGGUGCAUGGAGAGGUGUUGGAUACGAUUCUGCGUCGCAACCACAUGGACGUGCGAUUGCUGCAGGCUGCUGGGGAGAGGGUGGAGGAAAUGCUAGCUCGUGCAAAGUUGCUUGAUGGAUAG